AGAAAUUAUCAUCGUAUUUCUGCGUGAUAACUGAUAUAUAACUUCGACUGCCAAACCCAAGCUUUCAUAAUCCAAUGUCUAGAGAUGGCGGACAACUUGGUCAUCAAGAAAGCAAACACCAGCCCGUCUCCAUUCCUGGAUGAUGAGGAGGGUAUCACGGACAGCGAAGAUUCUCUGAUGAUCGAUAGCGAGGAGGAACACCAAAUCAGCCAAAGCGCCGAACUUAGGUUCAGGAGAUCGCCCAUGUUGGGGGGCCCCAACUCCCAGGAGAUUGAAAAUUAUGAGAACCUGAGACGUCAGAUGGAAAAUAAAAACACCCAAAGAAAGACUGACACGGAUAUCAGAAUUGUCAUCAGCUAUCUGCGCUCAGUGGAUGAGAGCAGAAAUCCGGAAGACGUUCCAGCCUCCGAACUGGACCGAUAUUUGUCGACUUUUUUUACGAUCGUAAAGAAGCACGACGGGAAUGAGUACGAACCGGCGAGUCUGCGCGGGAUGCUGUGUAGCGUCGAACGCUACCUUAAAAUGAAACAUUACCACACUUCUGUUACCAGGGAUCCCGUUUUCACAUGUACCAGACACGCGCUCAAGUACAAGCAACAAAGACUUAGAGAAAUAGGCAAAGGCAUCAAGAAACCGACCGAACCACUGGGUAAAUUGGGCUUUGAUCGCGUGCACCAGUUAUUUUCUGAACAGGAAAUGGGACCACACACCCCGAUGUCUGUCAUCAACACUUUGUGUUUCGUCAUCAUAGUUCACUUUAGAUUACGAAAAGCGAUAGAUCAUAAGAACUUGUUAUGGGGCGAUAUGAAGUUAAAAGCUGAUUCUGAAGGAAACGAAUACCUUGUAUAUCAGCCAGUGACCGUGACCACCCAAAGCUUGAAAGCCACGAGAAUGAACGACUCUAAACUUUGUAUUUGGAGCAAACCCGAACUAAAAGACAGAGAUCCGGUGAACAUAUACAAAUUAUACGCUAAGAAAAGACCCCCCAGCAUGCAGCAUGAUAAUUCUCCGUUCUAUCUCGGAAUAACGACCAUCAACCCAACUCCAAUGCAGUCCUGGUACCGCACCUGCGCCAUGGGAGUCAAUAAACUUAGCGAUCUAGUGCGUAUGAUCCGCAGCAUCACAGGACUUCCGCGCACUGCGCUUGACGGAUCAACCGAGAGCAUUUUGUCUGCCAACUUUUCUAUGCCGUCUACGGAUGAUCGUCUGCCGUACUCCUACAAACCAAUUCCGCCCGUGCCAAACUAUACGCCCAUCAAACCGAAACCUGACUUGUCGGGGGAAUCGACAGAAGGAACCGGCUUGGCGGAAACAACCGAAGAUGUUGAUGAAGCCUCGCGCUCCAGGUGUCUCUCCGCUUCGGAAAGUCCGCUUUCGCCAUCCGUCAGUGAGUGUCUGUCACCAAUCAGCAAUGAGAACCAAACAAAAGGUGAACAGUCAACACCUCUGCAAAGAGCCAAGCAAGCAAUCUGCGGAAUUCUUCAGACAUUGGAGCGAUCGGACGCGAAAGAGUUAGAGAAAUGGUUGAAGCAGUCUUGUACGGAUGCGAAUGCCGAGGGUACUUCUGAAACUUGUAUAAAAGAGGAAGAAGAUGAUGACGACGAGGGUGACAGUACGACACAUAUUACGCUUAAAAUGACCUUUAACCCACGCGCACGACCCGGGAAAGAACCAAUCAAAAUAAAUUCUGUGGUAACUAAUCAAUUAGGCAAAAAUUGCGAAACCAAAACUUGCAACGAAAGUAAUGGGACGGACGGUGUUCAGAGUGCACGCAAAAGAAGUCCUGUCGCACUGGACAUCGCCAAUGAAGACAGCACGUUUUCAUAUCCCUGUAAAAGAAACAAAAUUCAUACACCAAAUCCCGUCAAUCUCACCAAUGAAAAUUCAUCAAAUGCUAUGACAUCACAUGACGAUGAACUGAAGAUACGGAAAUCAUCAGAAGAUAUGGCUUCUAGUUCUCCCAUUGGUAGUGUCGCGGUAUCGCAUAUAUCAGAUCAUUUGACUUCACCAAGUACAGAAAUUCUACCUAACUUCUCAUCCACUUAUAGUACAGUUCCGCACGCUCAUAUGGCACCGGCGCAUGCGCAGCGCCCGCCAUUCUUUGGCACCCAUGACCCUAACUGGUCCACCUCCCUACCUUAUCCCGCCUUGUACCACAGAGGAGGAAUGGAGACUAUCACACCAAUGACCGCGCACUGCAGUUACACACAGUACCAGUUCGCGCAGUCACUUCACUCGGCAAGUUCGUGCCAGUUCCCACAAAACAAUCUGUAGCCGUUCUGAGAUGUUUGUGUACAUUUAUAAUUUCAACCAAUAUAUUGAAUGAAUCUGGGUUGUUUUUUUUUAGCAACUUUGAAUAUGUAAAAUUAAAAUGAGAUAUCAGCAUG